AUGCCGCCGUAUGGCGAUGUUCUGUUCAUUCUUGGGAUAGCCUUGACUACUGUGACGGUGUAUUAUUUCAAUCGUUCUAUAGUCAAACUACCCCCGGGCCCUCGAGGCAUCUCUUUCUUUGGCAACCUCUUCCAGGUGCAUGCCUUACGUCCUCAUCCGCAGGCAAGCCAUACGAUCCUUGAUUGCCUCUCCUUCUUAGAAUGGGCACAACAGUAUGGAGAGAUAUUCCAUCUCAAGAUGGGCUUCGGCCAUAUGAUUGUGCUCAACACCGCGGAGGCUGCCGACGAGUUGCUGGCCAAUCGUAGCAAGAUCUACUCCAGUCGUGCAACCCCGCAUGUUGCGCAAGAUAUCGUGAGCGAUGGCCAGAGGAUGGUGUUCAUGUCAUACACGAGAGAAUGGAAGGUUUUGAGACGAACCCUGCAGAGUAUCCUUGGUCCCGGACCAUCGAAGCGGCUGCGCAAGAUGCAAGAAUUGGAAUCUCGUGUUGUGAUCUAUGAUCUGCUGAGCCACGCUGAUCAAAGCGUCAGAGAAAUUCAUCUACAAGGUCCCAAUGGCGAGGUGCCCGAGCGACACUGGUUUGCGCUCGUUAGACGCUACACGACAAGCGUGGUCCUGCAUAUGGCAUACGGGCAUCGUGUUCAUCGGCUGUCGAACAAUCCCGAGCUGCAUAAAAUAUACGAUGUCUUGGGUAACAUCACAUGCGUGGCUCAACCUGGGAACUACUUAGCAGACGCGUUUUCGAGCCUGCGGAAACUGCCAGACUUCUUAGCCCCGUGGAGAGUUGAUGCUCGAAAGAUGCAUCUAUGGGAGAUGGAGCUAUGGGGCAAGCUGUUUGCCGACUGUCGGGCUGCACUUGAGAAUGGGAUUCCUCGCGCAGGUUUCGUAGCGUCAUACCUUCAAUCGCGGGCGGAAGCCGGACUGCAGCAUUUAGCUGGGAAUGGUGUUACACCUGGGGGAUCGGGCUGGAUACGCGACAAGUUGCUUGCCUACACGGCAGGAUCAGUAUUAGAAGCCGGUUCAGACACCACCGCAACGACGAUCCAGAUUUUUGUCAUGCUGAUGCUACACAAUCCAAAGGCAUUGAAACAAGCAAGACAGGAGAUCGACGAAGUAGUAGGGAUGGAUAGAAUGCCAACUUAUGAAGAUGAAGAAAAGCUGCCUUGGCUUGUUGCCUGCAUCAAGGAAACCUUGCGGAGGCGCCCUCCGACCAUCAUGGGGGUUCCACACCGAGUAGACGAGGAUGACAUUUACAACGGCUACUUUAUCCCUAAGGGCUCCACGGUGGUGGGAAACGUUUGGGCUAUCCACAUGAAUCCCGAGCGUUUCCCAAAUCCUAAAGCAUUCAUGCCCGAGCGAUUUUACGAACCAGGCAAACCCUCGCGCUGGGGCAGCGGUCCGGAUUCGCAAGACCGCGACCACUAUGCCUUUGGCUGGGGUAGGCGAUUCUGUCAAGGAAGCCAUAUAUCUGAGGCUUCGCUCUUCAUCGUCCUAUCGCGUCUUAUCUGGGGGGUUGAGUUUUCGGCGCCGAUCGAUCCACAAACGGGCAAGCCAAAGCUUCCGGACAUUGACGACGAGGUCAAAACUUGGAGCGAAGGGUUCAUCAGCGUUCCAAGGAUAUACCCGGUGGCCUUCAAGGCACGCUCCGACAAGCAUGCAAGUAUAAUCCAUCGAGCGUUUGACGACGUCCAGAUUGAAUGGCAAGGAAUGGGUCUAGCUGGAGAUGAACGAUAG